GAACAUACUCGCAUUAUUAGGUACCUAUCCUUCAGUUAAGUUGUAACCACUUACCGUUAAACACAGACUUUAACUUAUCUGCAUAUAUACUGAUUUUUUUUCUAAGAAUGGAAGAAAAUCAUGUACCGAAGCAAAUCUCUGAAGUGGAGAUACCUGAUAGUGACGAAAAAAAACCUAAUAAAGUAGUGACGUGCUUAAAAGCCAAUGCUUUAACUCUGGCGACUGUAGGAGGUGUAAUAUGUGGAAUUAUUGUGGGUAUUAUUUUGAAAGAAACUGUAGGUACAUUCACGAAAAGGGAAGUGAUGUACGUCGGUUUUGUAGGAGAUGUAUUUUUAAGAAUGUUGAAAUCUUUAAUUCUGCCAUUAAUUAUCUCUUCUCUGGUAUCGGCAAUAGCCAGUUUAGACAUAUCUUUAUCUGGACGAAUUGCUGCACGGAUCAUUCUCUUCUAUAUAUCAACAACUGUUAUAGCAGUUGCGCUUGGAAUUCUUUUGGUAGCUACUAUUCAACCAGGAGCAAAUCAUGCCGGUGACGUCGGUACAGAAAAUGACGGGGAAGGUCAGAGAAAUAUAACCACAGUAGAUAGUUUGUUGGAUCUUGUUAGGAAUAUGUUUCCCCCGAACAUAAUUCAAGCUUGCAUGGAACAGACUCGCACUAAUUUGAUUGUUCCGGGUAACGAUGUUGACCAACAAGAUUUGUACAAGUGGGAUAUUGUGGAGGAAAUUGUUUCUGGGACUAAUAUUCUUGGUCUUGUUGUGGUUGCGGUUGUAGUUGGAAUCGCGUUGGCACAAUUAGGAGAAGAAGCCAUAACUUUAGCUAAUUUCUUUCACAGUUUGAUGGCUCUAAGCAUGAAAAUAACAUCGUGGAUAAUAAAACUGUCUCCUGUGGGCAUUUUGUUCCUAGUAAUUGCUAAAAUAAUAGAAAUGGACGAUAUGGAAACGGUACUAGGUCAGCUGGGAUUGUAUUUUGCAACUGUGAUGGCCGGGAUUAUGGUUCAUGGUUUUGUAAUACUUCCACUAAUAUUUUCUAUCGUAACAAGACAGCUGCCUUUCCGUUAUAUAGCAAAUAUGAGUCAAGCCAUCGCCACUGCUUUUGGUACAGCUUCAAGUUCUGCAAGUCUUCCAGUUACGAUACAAUGUUUAGAAGAAAACAACGGAGUUGAUCCAAGAGUAGCUCGUUUCGCAGUGCCAAUUGGAACAGCGAUUAAUAUGGACGGUACAGCAAUAUAUGAAGCAGUUGCUGCAAUUUUUAUUGCACAAAUUAGACAGCUUGAAUUAUCAGUUGGAAACUACAUUGCCAUUAGUAUCACAGCAACAGCAGCCAGUAUAGGUGCUGCAGGUAUACCUCAAGCAGGUCUUGUCACAUUAGUAAUGGUUCUGGAUACUGUUGGUUUGCCGGCUGAAGAUGUUUCCUUGAUCUUAGCUGUGGACUGGCUAUUAGAUCGCUUUAGGACAGUUAUCAAUGUAAUGGGAGAUGCUUUCGGAGCUGGUAUUGUCAAUCAUCUAAGCCAAAAAGAACUAAAUACCCUACCGGACGAUCCAUAACGCAUGUGGGACAAUAGGAUGUAUCUAAAUGUAACCAAAUAGUAUCAGUGGUACUUAUCUAUAAAGUAAUUUAUGAUUUGAAGAAUGUAAUAAUAUAAUUAGAUGUUAUUAAAAAAUAACAGGCUCA